AUGUCUGUUUUGGUGAAUGGUAGUCCCACUAAGGAAUUUGAGGUUGAAAAGGGUUUGAGACAAGGAGAUCCCCUAUCUCCUUUUCUCUUUGUUAUUGUGGCGGAGGGUCUGGCGGGUCUUGUUAGGAAGUCUCAAGAGCUUGGUGAGUUUGAAGGCUUUAUUGUUAAUGGUAAGUGCAUGGUGGAUUUACUUCAGUUUGCAGAUGACACCUUGAUUGUGGGGGAAGGUACGUGGAAGCAUGUGUGGGCGAUAAAAGCGGUUCUAAGAGCCUUUGAACUUGUAUCGGGUCUAGGUAUCAAUUACCACAAGAGUAAGUUGAUUGGUGUUAAUAUUAGUUUGAGUUUCUUGGAUGCGGCUUCCUUUGUGUUAUCUUGUAGGAAGGAAGAUAGUAGCGUUAAUUUCCUUGGAAUCCCCAUUGGGUCCAAUCCGAGGAAAGCAUCUACUUGGAAUCCUCUUUUGUUCAAAAUUAAAAAGAGACUCUUGGGGUGGAAGAAUCGUUUUUUAUCUUUGGGAGGAAGGAUAACUCUUCUCAAAUCCGUCUUGUGUUCUUUAUAUAUCUUCACAUUAUCUUUUUUCAAAAUGCCAAGUGCGGUGUCUAAAGAAGUUAAUAAGAUUUUAGGCGAUUUCUUGUGGGGAAGUGUGGAAGAGAGGAGGAAAAUUCAUUGGGUGAGUUGGAAGAAGGUGUGUCUCCCAAUUGAUAAAGGGGGCCUAGGUAUGAAAUACUUGCCGGAUUUCAAUGUGGCUCUCCUUAACAAGUGUAGGUGGAGAAUUUUAAAAGGUGGAGAUGAAGUGUGGCUUCGUUUAUUGAAGGCUCGCUAUGGUGACAUUACUUCCGUCAUAUUAAGCAAAGGUACGCAUUCUCUUGUCUCUAACUCUUCUCCUCCUCAUUCUACUACUUCAUCCCCUUCUUCUUCUUAUUGGUGGAAAGACCUUAUUUCCAUCGGUAAAUUUAGCCAUUUGGAUCCGAUGGUUCGUUUGUGCAAAUUCAAGAUCGAAAGAGGUUUCACCACCCCUUUUAGGGAAGUGAAUUGGACGGGUAAUUUUUGCUUGAUGGACGAGUUUCUGAACUUGUAUAAAGAAACUAGAUUGAGAUUGGUUUCGGUAGCGGGUAUGGGAGGAUGGGUCAAUCAUGAUUGGAGGUGGGGUGAUAUGGGUUUGGCCCCGAAGGAGGUUUCGGGAGGCAGUGGGCCGAACGGGCAGGAAGUAGGGUCUCUUUGUGAGCUGUUACAAGCGUUUGAGCCGGAGAGUAGUGGUUCGGACACGGUUUCUUAG